GCUGCUUCCGACGUGAAAAUCCUGUCCAUCGACGUUUCCUUGUUCACUGUCGGUUCCGCCUUUCGGCAGGUGCCCUGGCUAUUUCCGUUUGCACAGCUUCUUUCAGUUAGUUAUAAUCUUCACACUAUCGAACUACCUCUCCGCGCGAACGACAUUCUUCCUAUCUCUACACUACCCUGUAACCAAGGCAUAUCUUCAACCACCUCAACCCUACAAAACACUUUGCACCGUUCUCCUCCUGUUACUCUCCUAUACUAUCUCACGCUGCAUCAUCUCGCCUCUAUUUACGGCCACCUGUUUAAUAAACCUGUUCGGUGCUUUCCCUCUGUCAACAUUCUGCUUCCAAGUCCGCUGAUCUCAUCCGGCCGCCUCUCGAGCACCUGUCCUAGCAGCUUCUGUCGGCCGAGAUCUGCCACAGCCAUCCCUCUGACAGCCGUUCAACACCUUCCUUCUGGGCCUUCUAGCGGGUACUAGGGGAGGAUGGAGACCAACCAGUCUGUCAAACCCGAGGAUAAGCCCUUGUCCUCAGGUAGCAGCAUCAAGGCACGGCCACCUGUGCCCCGCCGCUACUCAUCCGCCGUGUUUCCUUAUCUGGCACGCCUGGGCAAGACAGGGCUUCCAGGAAGUCAGUUCGACGAGGAUCCCUACCUGGAGGCUCUGAAACAGUUUUCCGCGGGCCAUUCCCCUUCCCUCGACGACCUUCCACUUCAGCGGCCGCCUCCUAGAAACCCGCACCGGGUGACACCGUCUGAUAAGACCAAGCAGAAGGAUCCGCAGGCGGACCUAUCUAGAGUUCUGGCUGGUGUGUACGGGGAGCUUCCUCGAACGAUCGGCCGGAGGUAUCAUAGGCUAGCGAACGGCAAUGUUUGCGUCGAGUUUGUGGACGUGUCUGCCCACGAACAGCACUACGGCCAUGGCUCGGCGAGCAAAGUCCGGCCUGCCGUCGGAGUUCCUCCCUUCUUCAAUACCCACUCUCAGUGAGGUCAUGCAGCGGCAUUUUGGUAGUUGGAGGAAGUCUCGGACUGGGAAUAACCGUGC